AGUCGGGCUUUCCUUGCCGUUGAAAAAAAAAAAAAUUGAAAUUUUUCGAAAUGUGCUGGUACUAAGAAAGCUAUGAUAACCAAUGGGACUGGACUUGCGAUGUUCUCUCUCUCCCUCUGCCUGCCUACUUCACUCUCUCUUCCCAUACCAACUGCGAGCUCCCAGACACGGAGUCAACCUGACCAGCCUCCCAAACAAUAGUUGCGAGAUCAAUUGGUCCGCCGUCCCUUUUCCUUACCUCUGUACACUAUUUCUCGGACCGGGUUCGUCGCUCUCUAGAGUGCUGCUCCCUCAGAUCCCCCCGGAUCCCCCCCGCUGAGCUCACGUCGGGUCUCGUGCAUUCUUUUCCGUGUAAAAAUUCCAAAGCAUUCUACGCCGUCUUGCCAGCUUCUUACGGGCGAACUUGUUUCUGCUUCUCGUCUCCUCUCCGUCGGCUCACCAUGGCUCAGGACCCCAAGUCUGUCGCUCAACCUUCUGGCCAGGAGGCCGACGUUCCAGUGGACCCGCCUGAGACUGUCAAGGAUGAGGCCAGCGCACAGGCCGAGGAGGACGCCGGGGAGGACGCCGGGGAGAUCGCAGAUGCGUUGUUCCCCCUGACCAUUCAUCUUCCACGCGAACCCAACAAAAUUCAUGUUAUGGUCUCCCCCCAGGAGCAAGUCCACGAGCUGCGCCAGUCUAUUAUCGAGCUGCCUGCCGCUUUCCAAUACUCCUGCUUUCACCUCGAGCACGCUGGUGAGCGAAUCAAUGACUUUGUGCAAGUCUCUGACGUAAAGGGACUCGGACCCGAAGCCGAGAUACGCUUGGUCGAGGACCCCUACAACGAGAAGGAGGCUAGAAUACAUGUCAUCCGGAUUCGGGACCUGGUGGGGGCGGCUGGAGACCGGACCGAUACUCUGCACGGGGUUCUUCCGGGAAUCUCCCUCUUCGAUGCGGUUACUGCGAGUGCCAAGGACACUGACAAUGUCCAAGCCAGCGCCUACGAAUUUGAUGCCCCCGCGAAUCCCUCAACCCUCAUACCGAAAGCGGAGGAGCCCGCCCCGAAGACUAUCAAGUCUAUUUCCCUGUCACCGUGGCACCCGCCACCCUAUCACUUUAGACAGAAGGGCCAUCUGCUGUACCUCCUCGUGACCACCAACGAGGGGGAGCAGCACCAGAUCACCUCCCACAUUGGUGGGUUUUACGUGAACAAAUCGUCGAAUAGCAAAUUCGACCCCUCGCCCCGAGCCGCACCCAAGGGCCAUUCCGCGCAUUCGUUGUUAACGCUCCUGUCCCAGAUCUCGCCCUCGUUUGAGCAGUCGUUCGAGCAGCUCUUGCAAUACAACAAUGUCAAGGAUCCCCUCGCCACCUUCCAGAUGACAAAUGCCAUCCCUGCGGCACCGUGGUUAGUCCCUCCGCAAUCGUCGCCGCUGUGCGCCCACAGCUCAGAUAUCACGAGGACGCAGGAGGGCUAUCUGAUUGCUGGCGUUGACAAUACGGAUACCUUACGCGACUGGAAUGAGGAGUUUCAGUCGGCGCGGGAAUUACCGAAGGAAACGAUCCAGGAUCGCGUAUUCCGAGAGCGGUUUAUCUCGAAGCUUUUCGCGGACUACUCCGAUGCUGCCGCCAGAGGAGCGAUCCUGGUUGCUCGCGGAGAAGUCACACCUCUCAACCCAACCGAAGGUCGCGACGCUCAGAUCUUCGUCUACAAUAACGUCUUCUUCUCCUUCGGGGCGGAUGGGGUCGGCACUUUCACCUCGGAGGGCGGCGACGACGCCGCGCGUGUCGCUACGGGCAAGGACGUCAACGGGGUACGCACCGUCAACCAACUUGAUAUCGACGGGCUGUACACCCCAGCCACUGUGGUGGUUGACUACCUCGGCAAGCGAAUUGUCGGCCAGACGGUCGUCCCCGGAAUAUUCAAGCAACGGGAUCCCGGCGAGAACUCGAUAGAGUACGGCGCGGUAGAAGGCAAAGAAAUCGUGGCGGCCGACGAGCGCUUCGCGCCAACCUUCGAAAAGCUGUCCAAAGCGCUCAGGGUCAAGAAGCAUCCUGUGUGGGACAAGGACGGCAAGCGGUUUGAUCUCGAGGCAAGCGUCGAGACCAAGGGUUUAAUGGGCACGGAUGGCCGAAAAUACGUCCUCGAUUUGUACCGUAUCACUCCGCUUGACGUCCUGUGGCUGGAGGAGAACAGCACCGCGGCCGAGAGCGAAAAGAACGACCUCGAGUAUCCGCACCGAAUGACGGUCUUGCGGCCGGAGCUGGUGGAGUUGGUCCGAAAUCAAAAAUGGACCGAGUGGGUCAAUAAGGAGCUCGCGCGCCUGAAGAAGCAAUCCAAGACCCAGGACGACCAAACGGCCGACAAGGAGAACGAGGACGCGGUACCGGCAGACGAGAAGGCUACGAGGGAAGAGAAAGCAGAGGGAUCCGAGGAGCCGAAGGAUGCUAAAGAAGAAGGCGCGGCGACCGAAGUCGAGGAUCGUAUCGAUGCUUCUGAAUUCCACUUUGCUCUCAACCCGGACGUGUUUAGCGGCCAGGUCCCUCAAACGGACGCAGAAAAGGAAGAGCUAGCUGCCGACGAGCAGGACGUUCGGGGUGCGUGCAAGUAUCUACGAGAGUCGGUAAUUCCCGAAUUCGUCAACGAUAUCAAGGCCUCGGACCUCCCUUUCCCCAUGGAUGGCCAAUCGCUCACCAAGAUGAUGCAUAAGCGCGGCAUCAACAUACGGUAUCUCGGUAAGAUCGUGUCUCUUUGCGAAGGGCCUAGGUUGCUGCGUCUUCGGGAUCUGUGCCUGCAAGAGAUGAUAUCGAGAGCGUUCAAGCACGCUGCGGGAAAAUACCUGCGAUACUUGCCAAUCCCGUUGUCCUCCGCUUGUAUCGCCCAUCUCCUCAAUUGCCUCCUCGGAACUGGUUUGAAUAGCAAACCUACCGCCGACGUCGACGAGUUCCUGAAGACUCUCUACCCCGACGCCGACCUCGCCUUCGUGAGCGUCGCGCCGGAGAGCCUCCGGAAGGAGGUUGAGGCUCAGGUCGCCCGGCGGUUCAAGUUCACCUUAGAGUCGGAUUGGUUCAAUAAUUUCAAGCACCUGCAGCUUCUUCGCGAAGUAGCCUUGAAGCUCGGUUUGCAAUUGGAGGCGAAGACCUUCGCCUUCACGAGCGAUUCCGCUGCGCCGACCAUCAUCAACGGCAUUAACGGCCACGGUAAUGGCGAAGGCAAGAAGAAGAAGAAGAAGGCGAGGGAGGGCUCCCCAUCGUCUAUCGCCUCUACAGGUACACCGACAACCUUUACUCCGGAUGACAUUGUCAACGUCGUCCCCAUCGUCAAGGAUUCGGCUCCGAAGAGCGCCAUAUCCGACGAGGCGCUAGAAGGAGGGCGCCAUUCCAUCAUACAGAACAACCGGAAAAUUGGUCAAGAGUUAUUACUGGAGAGUCUUACUCUUCACGAGCAGAUCUACGGCAUCCUGCAUGCGGAAGUUGCGCGAGCAUAUUCUACACUGGCACAGAUUUACUACCAGCUCGAGGAGAAGGACGCCGCUGUCGAUCUAGCUAGGAAAGCUGUCAUCGUAUCAGAGAGAACCCUGGGCGUCGACUCUGCGGAGACGCUGCUCUACUACCUCAACCUCGGCCUCUACGUGCACGGAUCCGGCGACAGCAAGACAGCCCUUGCGUACGUCAAGCAUGCCCUUGACCUGUGGAAGGUGAUCUACGGCCCCGACCACCCGGAUUCCAUCACCACCCUGAACAACGCGGCGGUCAUGCUCCAACACAUGCAAGCAUACCACGAGUCCCGCGUCUGGUUCGAGCAGGCUCUGGCCGUAUGCGAACGUGUGAUGGGCAAGCAGUCACUCCCCGCCGCGAGCCUCCUCUUCCAGCUCGCCCAGGCGCUGGCCCUGGACAACGAGUCCAAGGCGGCCCUCGGCAAGAUGCGCGAGUGCUACAACAUCUUCCUCCACCAACUCGGCCCGGAGAAUAACAACACCAAGGAGGCCGAGACGUGGCUAGAGCAGCUGACCCAAAAUGCUGUCGCGAUCGCCAAGCGAGAUAAGGACGCCCAGGCAAGACGUCUGCGAGCCGGUAUCAAGUUCCCUGCUAGAAAUGUUGCCCUCGGCGGCGGCGCUGCGGCCCAGUCGGCGACGUUGAGUAAGCCGAGCUCGGAUGGGCCAGACGCUAGAAGCAUCGACGACCUCAUCAAGUUCAUCGAGGGAAAUACGGCCCAGAAGAAGAGCACCAAGAAGCGCGCCGGUCGUACCGCGCCCAAGACUCGGGUAGGCGGCGUACCGUCGUGAAAGAAGGCCACAAAGGUUACGGGCGCGGGCGACGGGGAAAGUGGAUGGUGCCCCGAACCGCGGCCGUGAGGGCCCGACGAUCUUACCUUGAACGAUGGUACGGGAAAACAUGGAAACAUAGGGUCUACUACCUCGGUUACAUACCUACAUUUUCGGAUUCGGGGCGUCUCGGAGGCAAGAUCUGCCCGCCUUUUUUUUUUAUUUAAGAAAAUUUCUUCUCGUUUCCCGAGACCCAUUUGCAUAGACAUCGGAGUGGGUUUGCAUUACGUGACAUCGCUCUCAAGGGCCCCCCCCCUCCCCUUUUUUUUUCCUUCCCGCCCUUCGUCUCUUCUCCCUUUCCGGCUUCGGCGAGCUCCACAGGUCCGGUUGAGGGAAAAAAAAAGAAAACUUGAUUAUGUCAUCGGACAUCGGAACUCUCUAGGUGGAGGAUAAAGGGAAGUCCGAAAAGAAGAAAAAAAACGCAAGACUUCUCGUGUAUAUAGUACUACUAGGAAUGCAUGUUCGAUACACAAGGGGGGGGGCAGCGUCGGCUAUACAUACAUACGAGACUAGAAGGAGGGGGAGGAGAGGGAACGGUUGUUGUUACUUAUUACGAUGCUUACGCGGAAACCCAGGGAUGGGCGAAAAAAAGGGAGGGCAGGGAGG